UUAACAAACCCAUGUGCAGGACGAGCAUUUCACCAGACCUGACAUCACUGUAGUCCCUGAGAGCAACAAUCUGAAACAACAUGGCUCAAGGUUUAGUCCUGUUAGCAAUACUGUUAGCAUUUAGCAACAAUGCUUACUGCAAUUUUUCAUCCACACUUUUUACAGAUUUGGCUAAAGUGCUUCUGGACAACUAUUGCUCUCCAGAAAAACUUUUCGGUAUGGAAGAGGUACUAAGCUUCGCCAGUAGCAUCACCGAGAUCCUCAACAUCCAAGAUCCAAGUAUACUUGCCCGUAUACUGACAGAUGGGGUUAGGAGUACAACUGGUGAUCCUAGAGUGAAGGUCACAUAUGAUCCAGGUUUCAUUCCAGCAGCACCUCCAGCAGUUCAUGACAUCCCACCAGAGCACCUGGUGGCUGUGGUUAAGAGCACAGUGAAUGUAGAGGUCCUUGAAAACGAUAUCGCUUACCUGAAGAUUCAACACAUUAUCGGGGAAGAGAUCGCUCAGAAGAUUGGGCCACUUCUUCUGCAGCAUGUUUGGGACAAAGUUCUCCCUACAUCGGCCAUGAUCCUGGACCUUCGUUACGCUGUUAGUGGGGAACUCUCUGGAAUCCCUUAUAUUGUUUCCUAUUACACUGAUCCUGAGCCUCUUAUCCAUAUUGACUCGGUGUACGAUCGUCCUUCAAACAUUACCACUGAGCUCUGGUCCAUGCCGACUUUAUUGGGAAAAAGAUAUGGAACAUCCAAACCUCUGAUCAUUCUAACUAGCAGGAACACUGUUGGGAUUGCAGAGGAUGUUGCCUAUUGCCUAAAAAACCUAAAACGAGCUACCGUUGUUGGAGAAAAUACAGCUGGAGGAUCGGUAAAAAUUGAUCAGAUUAAUCUUAGCAAUACCGAUUUCUACGUUUCUGUACCUGUCGCUAAAUCCACCAAUCCCAUCACUGGCAAAAGCUGGGAGGUCGUAGGAGUGGCACCAAACGUUGAAGUUGAUGCCAACGAUGCCAUUAACACCGCACUCACGAUCAUUAAACUUCGUGCCGAAAUCCCUGCAAUUGUCAAAUUGGCAGCAACUUUGGUUGCGCAAAACUAUGCUUUCGACAACAUUGCUGCUAACGUAGCGGAAAAGUUAGAGGCGCUAGUAGCCAGUGGGGAAUACAGCAUGAUUUCCUCGAGGGAUGAACUGAAAGCAAAGCUCUCAGCUGAUCUCUUGGAACUGUCAGGGGACAAGUGCCUAAAAAUGACAGACAACCCUCCUGUUCUUCCUCCUCUAAUGGUAAGAAAUCUCAAGCCCUAAAAGCUUGUGCCACUCAUCAAAGAUACGUUUCGCACCGAAGUGUUUGAGAACAACAUCGGCUAUAUGCGCUUUGACAUGUUUGGAGACUUUCCGCAAGUCGCAGAGGUCGCUCAGAUCAUCGUGGAUAACGUUUGGAACAAAGUAGUAGAAACUGAUGCUAUGAUCAUCGAUCUAAGGAACAACUUCGGAGGGUCCACCAACCCGAUCGCAGGAUUGUGUUCUUACUUUUUUGACGAAGACAUGCAGAUUGUGCUGGACAAACUGUACGACAGAUCCUCGGGCACCACAAAAGUACUCGUCACCCUUCCCGAGUUGACAGGCAGAAGAUACGGUUCCAAGAAAGGCCUACUGAUCCUGACUAGUAGAAAUACGGCUGGUGCAGCAGAGGAAUUUGUUUAUAUCAUGAAGAAGUUCGGCCGUGCCAUGAUUGUUGGCGAACUCACCCAAGGCUCCUGCCAGCCGCCGAAAACCUUCCAAGUUAGCGACGGUGAUGGUGUUCUGGUGAUACCCGUCAGCCAUUCAGACACUACUCAGGGUCCUGCCUGGGAGGGAACCGGGAUUGCACCUCACGUUUCAGUGCCUGAAAGUGAAGCCCUGGAUGUGGCUAAGGGUAUACUCAACAAGCACUUUUUAGGGCAGAAAUGAAGUUCUGGAACUAGAGAUGUUAGUACAGCCAGAUGGUCAGAAAGGGGGAAGAGUUCAAAGACUGAAAGCCAUUGUACUUACUUGUGCUUACUUGUGUGUUACUUCUAAAACCUUCUGUAGUCCCUUUCUUUAAGCCGAAUCUAAUUAGAGAUUCAUGGCCUACACAAAUAUACACAAAUAAAUGUUGGAAAUGAUUAAAAUAGUACUUCAUUUUAUAUAUGUGGAACCAUAAAUAAGUACUGUCUGUUUUGUUUUGCACUGUAACAUCCACAUGCUAAUCUGAUCAGAAUUAAAUAAACAUGUAUAGUCUGGAAUGUCUCAAAAGUA